CUGAGUGGAGGGAAAUUUUGACAGCUCGCCGAGUGGCGACAUCGACGCUUCUUUGGCAUCUUUGAGGCUUUUUGUCACCGAAUGAGCGGACAGGACUCCGGAAGAGGCUCCUGGAGGAGCGGGAAUGGUGGUUGGAGAGGAAAUGGAAGAGGAUGGCGUGGAGGAGCCAAUUGGGGGUGGAGAGGAGGAGGAUGGAGGAGUAGACCUUGGAGAGGUGGACGAGGGGGACCAAUGGGAGGGAGGCCCGCAAGUGAUAACAGAGCAUCGGCAAGUCACAGCUUUGGCACACAGAGAGUCCUCCAGCAGGCCACCCUGGAUGUGCUGUGCCCUUACAGAGGAUGGUCGCUGUACUUCACCGACGGUUUCAUCGAGAGCUCGCCCGGCGUGGAGAAGAUCAACGUGUUUGAGAAAUACUUCGCCUCCAAGAUUCACCUCUACGACAAGGACGAGAUCGAGCGUCAGGGCAGCGUGCUGGUGGAUUACGCCGACCUGACCGCAAAUGAGAUGGUGCUUGGGGCGCUUCCCGGUCUGAGCGCGGAGCUGAAGGAGCAACCGGAGGUGAUCCUCAACUGUUUGGGACUGGCCAUUCACCAGGUGUUGACAGUCGAUUUGGAAAAGCAGGCUGCCGAGCUGCCCGGGGACGAGCUUCCUGUGGCCGCGCCAGUCAUCCACAUCCCUCACAUUAGUGCGCGGCUGUACAACUACGAGCCGCUGACUCCGCUGCGCACGUUGCGGGCCGGCGUGUUCGGCUGCCUGGUGUGCGUGAGGGGCACGGUGGUGCGGGUGAGCAACAUCAGGCCGCAAUGCACCAGGCUGGCCUUCCAGUGCACGACGUGCUCCGGCACGCUCUCGCUGCCGCUGCAGCACGGGAAGUACGCGACACCCACCAAGUGUGCCCAGCCAGACUGCCGCAGUCGCGCGUUCAGUGCCAGGCGGAGUUCUCCGCUGACACACACUGUGGACUGGCAGAUCAUCAAGGUGCAGGAGUUGGUCUGCGGCGAGCAGAGGGAGGCCGGGCGCAUCCCACGCACUGUGGAGUGCCACUUGACCGCCGACCUCUGUGACAGCUGCGUCCCCGGCGACACCGUGACCGUGACGGGGAUCGUUAGAGUCACAAAUGAUGGCACCUCCAGGUGGAAUAAGGACCAGUGCAUGUUCCUCCUCUACAUUGAAGCCACAUCAGUCAGCAACACAAAAGGUCAGCAGUCCAAGCCUGGAGGCGCGGGCUCGUCCGGCGGCUCCUCUGACGAUCGCUGUGGAGGUGAAGAGUUUAGCCUGAAGGAGCUCUACGCCAUCCAGGAGAUCCAGUCGCAGCCUGACCUGCUCAGACUUCUAGUGCACUCUCUGUGUCCCGCCAUCUACGGCCACCUGCUGGUGAAAGCGGCGCUAGUGUUGGUGUUGUUCGGAGGCCGGCAGAAGCACACGGGCAAGAACAGCGUCCCGGUCAGAGGCGACGCCCACGUCCUGAUGGUGGGAGACCCCGGACUGGGCAAGAGCCAGAUGUUACAGGCAGUGUGCAAUGUGGCUCCUAGGGGGAUCUAUGUUUGUGGCAACAGCACCAGCACUGCAGGACUAACAGUGAGUUUAUACAGAGAUCAGGGAAGUGGAGAUUACGCUCUGGAGGCUGGAGCCUUGGUGCUGGCAGACCAAGGUUUGUGCUGCAUUGACGAGUUUGACAAGCUGGGCAGCCAGCAGCAGGCCCUGUUGGAAGCCAUGGAGCAGCAGUCGGUGAGUCUGGCAAAGGCGGGAAUCGUUUCAUCUCUGCCCGCCAGAACCUCGGUCGUCGCGGCCGCCAACCCCAUCGGAGGCCAUUACAACCGAGGCAAGACCGUCUCGGAGAAUUUGAAGAUGGGCUCGCCGCUGCUCUCGCGCUUCGACGUGGUCUUCCUCCUCCUGGACAUCCCGGACGAGUCCCACGACCGCCGUCUGUCCGAACACAUCAUGGCCAACCGGGCCGGCGGAGGCAAAACCAGCGGCGCCGUGGUCGCCAGGAGCAGCAAGAGCGACACGGAGACAUCCAUCUUGUUGGAACGCGCAGACAUGCCGCUGUCGGAACGGUUGCAGAUCCCCGCAGGGGAAGUCGCCGACCCCAUUCCGCCGUGCUUGUUAAGAAAGUACAUCAGCUACGCUCGCCACUACGUUCACCCCACGCUGUCGUCCGAAGCCGCGCAGACGCUUCAGAACUUCUACCUGUCGCUGAGGUCCCAGUCGCGCGGCGCCGACACCACGCCCAUCACCACCCGCCAGCUGGAGUCGCUCAUCAGACUCACCGAGGCGAGAGCCAGACUGGAGCUCAGCGAGACGGCCACAAAGAGCCACGCGGAAGAUGUGGUGGAAAUUAUGAAACACAGCCUGGUUGAGACGUACUCCGACGGCCUGGGCAAUCUGGACUUCGAGCGCGCGCAGCUGGGCGCGGGCAUGAGUCAGCGCGGCGCCGCCAAACGACUCAUCGGCGCCCUGCACGCGCACGCCCAGCGGACCAAUCAGAAGCAGUUUGACCUGCAGGCCAUUCGAUCUGUGGCGGAGAGGCUAAACAUAAAGGUGACGGACUUUGAGGGUCUAGUGAGUUCCCUGAAUGAACAAGGUUUCCUGUUGAAGAAAGGAGCUAAGCUCUACCAACUUCAGACCGUCUGACAAGCGAGCGACAAACCAAAGAAACGUUACCCUCACUCGCUGAAAGACUGUAAAAUCACAUUUCAACACCACGACACCCACCAGACGGGAUAGACGAGGGGUGAGCAAAGGAUCUCCGUUCUUUAAUCUGGCCCCCCAUGCAUUUAUCAUUGUCAAGAGUCCUUUAAUAUUUGUUACAUUAAAUCGGUUAGUUAAAACGUAUGUGUGUUAGUUGUUGUUGUUUUUUUAAAUACC